ACUGAUACUUUUUCCUUUUCGGCAUUUUACAUCAAAAUAAUGUGAAAAACCCUUUCAAGUUCUCCUCGAUCCCUGUGUCAGACACACAAAAUGAGCAUAACCUGGAAGUUGAUCCCAUUUGGUCCCACCCUGAUGAAGAAAAUGUAUCAAGAGACAACUACAAGACUCCUCUCCUCCUCUUCCUCCAAUCACCAUCCUCCAGAGCCCCGUGUUUAUGUUAGAAAGAAAAGGGUCAAGAAAAAUCUUGAAAUCUCAGCAGAGGAAGAGGAGAAGCUUCAACCCCAGCAACCCAUUCGUCAUCAAAAAAUCUCUGGUCUACCUGAUAUUGAAGACUUUGAAUACAAAAAGACCAGUAAAAUUUCCGAAUUACGUAAUUGUGAAUCUACGUCAGGCUCUGACGUGCCUAAUGCAGGAGUCUUUCCCAUUCUGAGAACAGCCAAACCACCUGGAAAUUGGGCAAAGGUCCUUGAAGGGAUACGCAAAAUGAGGUCUUUUGAAGAUGCACCUGUAGAUUCGAUGGGAUGUGAGAAAGCUGGCAGCUCAUUACCUCCUAAGGAAAGGAGAUUUGCUGUGUUGAUAUCUGCACUUUUGUCAAGCCAAACCAAGGAUCAUGUCAAUCAUGGGGCCAUUCAGCGUCUCCUUGAGAAUAAUCUCCUUACUGCAGAUGCUCUUGAGAAGGCCAAUGAAGAUACUAUCAAGAGCAUGAUAUACCCUGUGGGUUUCUAUACAAGAAAGGCUAGCAACAUGAAGAAAGUUGCUAAUAUAUGUCUUUCGAAGUACGAUGGUGACAUUCCUAGUACACUUGAAGAUUUGCUCCAACUUCCUGGAAUUGGUCCUAAAAUGGCUCAUUUGGUUAUGAAUGUAGGGUGGAACAAUGUUCAAGGGAUCUGUGUAGACACUCAUGUGCACCGUAUCUGUAAUAGACUUGGUUGGGUUUCACGGAAGGGCACAAAUCAGAAAACUAAAUCGCCUGAGGAGACCAGGGAGUCCCUGGAAAGAUGGCUUCCGAAGGAAGAAUGGGUUCCAAUCAAUCCUCUUUUGGUGGGCUUUGGGCAGACUAUAUGUACACCGCUUAGACCUCAAUGUGGAAGAUGUAGCAUAGUUGAUUUAUGCCCGUCGGCAUAUAAAGAAGCUGCAAGUCCAAAAUCAACAGCCAAAAAAUCUCAGAAGAGGAAUAACCUUUCAUGAAACUAGAUGCGAUUAUCUUUUUGUCCCAGGCUGUAUUUGAUGUUAUGAUUAGUUAGCAAGAUCCUAUUACACCCUUGCAACUUACAAGUGUAAUGUAAAUUUCGUGUAAUGGAGAUGUAUUAAUGGACAGCUUGAUCAAAAACAUAUUUUGAAAUUUGAUUUUUUGCUGUAAAGUGAAGAGAUACUAUUAAAUUGUUUAUGAAGUUGAAUCCUAGAGAACUAUGUACUGUAUAUCUGUUAAAGCUUAUUACUCUC